UCUAAUCCUAAGUACAACUUACUUAGAGUCAGUAGAGUAAUGGAACUGAGUAAAAAGAGACAUGCCCAUACGAAAACUACUAUUACUGAUUACAGUGCUACUAACAUUCGUCUUACUGGUAGAAAGAGCCUCUAGUCAUGUAAAGAAAAAUUUUGCGAAUAUAACGGAUUCUAAUAUAUAUAACAUCAGCAGAGAAUCAAAUAUUACAAGUUUUAGACGAAUGAGGACUAGAAAGCUUAGUAAAAUUAUCCCAAUCGAAGUAAAGAAAUCCGUUGUAAAAAGAUCAUCAGCUGGUCGAACAGAUCAAAGAUUAAAAAGAAAGCUUCAAGUGAGAGUAUGUCCAAGAACAAUGAUACCACUCAGGAAUAUCAGCAAGGAGCGGCUUUUGGGCGUUUGGUAUGCCUAUGCCACAACUCCAUUAGAUAUUCUUCAAUAUCAACGUCGGUGCACAUCCUACAACGUGAUGAACAAUCCAUAUUUCAAUACCAACAUACUUUAUACGGAUUAUAAUCAUCUUUGCAUAACAUAUUCUUGUCUGCUCAACAAAAAUACAGGUUUACAUGAUAUAAAACUUCGCAUUCUAACCCGUACACGGAUACCCAUGGCAAAAACUUUACGAACUAUAAGUGAUUUUUUGUCGAAAAUCAGAUUUCCUAUUACCGAUUUGGAUUGGUUGAAAACCGAAGCAUUUUGUUUUGAGUGGUAUCAAUUGAAUUUCGAAUUAUACCCCAGACCUGGACGUUUUCAAGCACCUUGGGGUAUCGAUCCCAUACGUGAUUAAUAUAAAUAUACAUUUAACAUAAUUAAAUAAGAAAUCAUACAAAUACAUUGAGACAUAUGUAGAACAUUAA